UAUGACCUGUUUCCCCUCCCUCUCCCCCCGCCCCAGCUUCAGUGAAAGGAGCCCUUCUGUCACUCGUCACUCGCUCCCUCGAGCGCGGUGGGAGGAGCCCGCCGGAGGAAGCUGUGUGCCCGGGCUGCCGAGAGCCAGAGAAUGGAUCUGCUCGGAGGAGGGAUGUCGCUGAGAAUCCCAGCUUCCCGAGGCGGCUAGAAACAGGCAACUUGUCUGGGGCUGGCUGCGGAUACCCCCGAGGCACCAGAAGACGGGAGGCCGCCCGGAGGAGCCCACGGACAGACCGAUGGUCGGCGCGAACCCGAGAGGACCACGGCGGAGGCUGAGCAUCGCGAGCCGCCGAGCAAGAGAAAGUAACUGCAAACCCAAGUUGCCCCGCCGGCUUCCCCUCGCCGCGCUAAGGAAUGAAACCUUUCCAGCUGGAUCUGCUCUUCAUCUGCUUCUUCCUUUUCAGUCAAGAGCUGGGCCUCCAGAAGAGAGGAUGCUGUCUGGUGCUGGGCUACAUGGCCAAGGACAAGUUUCGGAGGAUGAAUGAAGGUCAAGUGUACUCCUUCAGCCAGCAGCCCCAGGACCAGGCCGUGGUGUCGGGGCAGCCGGUGACCCUGCUGUGUGCCAUCCCCGAAUAUGAUGGCUUCGUUCUGUGGAUCAAAGAUGGCUUGGCCCUGGGCGUGGGCAGGGACCUUUCCAGUUACCCACAGUACCUGGUGGUAGGCAACCACCUGUCAGGGGAACAUCACCUGAAGAUCCUGCGGGCAGAGCUGCAGGAUGAUGCCGUGUACGAGUGCCAGGCCAUCCAAGCCGCCAUCCGGUCCCGCCCGGCGCGCCUCACCGUCCUGGUGCCACCCGAUGACCCCGUCAUCCUGGGGGGGCCUGUCAUCAGCCUGCGGGCAGGAGACCCCCUGAACCUCACCUGCCAUGCAGACAACGCCAAGCCUGCAGCCUCCAUCAUCUGGCUGAGGAAGGGAGAAAUUAUCAACGGGGCCACCUACUCCAAGACCCUGCUUCGCGACGGCAAACGUGAGAGCAUCGUGAGCACCCUCUUCAUCUCCCCCGGGGACGUGGAGAAUGGGCAGAGCAUCGUGUGCCGAGCCACCAACAAAGCCAUCCCCGGAGGGAAGGAGACCUCGGUCACCAUUGACAUCCAGCACCCCCCACUUGUCAACCUGUCUGUGGAGCCACAGCCGGUGCUGGAGGAUAAUGUGGUCACGUUCCACUGCUCUGCAAAGGCCAACCCAGCUGUCACCCAGUACAGGUGGGCCAAGCGGGGCCAGAUCAUCAAGGAAGCAUCAGGCGAGGUGUACCGGACCACUGUGGAUUACACAUACUUCUCAGAGCCAGUGUCCUGCGAGGUGACCAACGCCCUGGGCAGCACCAACAUCAGCCGCACGGUGGACGUCUAUUUCGGGCCGAGGAUGACCACAGAGCCCCAAUCCCUGCUCGUGGAUCUGGGCUCUGACGCCGUCUUCAGCUGUGCUUGGACAGGCAACCCGUCCCUGACCAUCGUCUGGAUGAAGCGGGGCUCUGGAGUGGUCCUGAGCAACGAAAAGACCCUCACUCUGAAAACUGUCCGCCAGGAGGAUGCUGGGAAGUAUGUGUGCCGUGCAGUGGUCCCCCGGGUGGGAGCCGGGGAGAGAGAGGUGACCUUGACUGUCAAUGGGCCCCCCAUCAUCUCCAGCACCCAGACCCAACAUGCCCUCCAUGGAGAGAAGGGCCAGAUCAAGUGCUUCAUCCGGAGCACGCCGCCCCCUGACCGAAUCGCCUGGUCCUGGAAGGAGAAUGUGCUGGAGUCAGGGACGUCGGGGCGCUACACUGUGGAGACGGUCAGCACAGAGGAGGGCGUCAUCUCCACCCUGACCAUCAGCAACAUCGUGCGAGCUGACUUCCAGACCAUCUACAACUGCACGGCCUGGAACAGCUUCGGCUCUGACACGGAGAUCAUCCGGCUCAAGGAGCAAGGUUCGGAAAUGAAGUCGGGAGCCGGGCUGGAAGCAGAGUCGGUGCCGAUGGCCGUCAUCAUCGGGGUGGCCGUAGGAGCCGGGGUGGCCUUCCUCGUCCUCAUGGCAACCAUCGUGGCCUUCUGCUGUGCCCGCUCCCAGAGAAGUACGGGAGGGAGACCCGGGAUCUCAGGGAGGGGGACAGAGAAAAAGGCCAGGCUUAGACUGCCCCGGCGAGCAAAUCUCAAAGGGGUUGUGUCAGCCAAGAAUGAUAUCCGAGUGGAGAUUGUCCACAAGGAGCCUGCCUCUGGUCGGGAGACAGAAGAACACCCCACCAUCAAGCAGCUGAUGAUGGACCGGGGUGAAUUCCAACAAGACUCGGUGCUGAAGCAGCUGGAGGUCCUCAAAGAAGAGGAGAAGGAAUUUCAGAACCUGAAGGACCCCACCAACGGCUACUAUAGCGUCAACACCUUCAAAGAACACCACUCGACCCCCACGAUCUCGCUGUCCAGUUGUCAGCCCGACCUGCGUCCAGCAGGCAAGCAGCGUGUGCCCACGGGCAUGUCCUUCACCAACAUCUACAGCACCCUGAGUGGGCAGGGCCGCCUGUACGACUACGGGCAGAGGUUCGUGCUGGGCAUGGGCAGCUCGUCCAUCGAGCUUUGUGAGCGGGAGUUCCAGAGAGGCUCCCUCAGCGACAGCAGCUCCUUCCUGGACACGCAGUGUGACAGCAGCGUCAGCAGCAGUGGCAAGCAGGACGGCUACGUGCAGUUCGACAAGGCCAGCAAGGCCUCCGCGUCCUCGUCUCACCACUCCCAAUCCUCUUCCCAGAACUCCGACCCCAGCCGACCCCUGCAGCGGAGGAUGCAGACUCAUGUCUGAGGAGCCAACCCGUGGGUGGGGGAGGGCUGGGGAAGAGACCCGGAGGCCAGGACACAUUCCGGCUCUCCAGAGACUGGGGGUACUUUGCAGAGGACCCGAGAACCUGCUGCCUGCAGGACAGCCCCCAGUGCCUCUGCUGCCACCUCUUCCGAAGCCCUGAACAAGCACAAAUCUGGGUCCCCAACUGCAGUGUGCCAGAGGCGUGCAGGUGGGACAGCAGUCAGAGGAUGCAGCUGAGGGUGCUGUGCUGGGUGCCGGAUCCUUGGGUCCCCAGCCCUUUCCUGGAGGCCCUGCCGCUACCUGCACCUCCCACAGGCACUAGAGGCAGCUAUAACUUUGCUUUAAUGAAACUGUCCACUCUUUGGUGUCCCCGGAGCUCUUCCCCUGGUUGCCCAUAAGCCCUACCCUGUGCGUGUGCUCCUACAAUCCUGGGGACCAGAGGGGCAGGGUGCUUCCCAGCAUCCAGCUGCCCCAGAGACCCUGGCGCCCUCUGCUGUUCACAGCCCAGACCCCAGAGGCUGAGAAGCCAGAAGUGGCCCCCCUGGCCAAGGAACGUCGCCCACCCCCAUUUGUUUGGUGUUUUGUGUCCAUGCUCUUGCAGUUCUGUCCUUGGACUGGAUGCCUCUGGAUUCUGAAUUCUCAGUGGAUCUGGCCCAAUCGGAGACUGGUGUUGUGACAGGGAGGGGGAGGGGAAGGAGGGAAACCGUGAGCUUGGGAAUGCCUGACCCACAAGCCCCUCCCCAGGCUGUGUGAUUCAGAGCCUCCCCGCAUCCACCACCCCCCUUCGUUUACCCCGCUCCUUGACGGCCCACAGUUAAUAUAAGGAGUGUGAGAGCUUCUCUGGCUAGGGUUCUUUAAACAGUCAUUGGAGAGUGUGUCGGGGGAGGUAGGGUUUGAGGGCACUAGAGAUCAGGUCUUUAAUGAAGCUCGAGGGGACUAGGUCUGUGCAAGGAGCAAUGGUUCUGUCUUCAGCCAGACUCAGGCAAGAGAGAAAGAAAAUCUACACCUCACCCCUCCUACUCACCAGGGGAGAAUAAAUGUUAGGGCCUUUACUCCAACAAAUCUGUUCUGUUCUUUUGUUCCUGCAGAGCCACAGGAGGAAAGCAAGUUAGAGUAUGUUUGGGAACCCAGAGUUCUUUGGCCCACUUUGAUCCAGAUUUCCUGGAAAAUGAAGGCAGUCGACAGCUCUGGUUGUGGUGGUAAUAGGAACUGGAGGCAGCCUCUUUGUGGCUGGGCCCAAACCAGAGAGCUUGCAGCAGCAGGACUUACCCAACCACCUGACUCAUGCCAAAUGCAGUGCAGGGGCAAAGUGGUCAUUCUGAGCACUGGAGGGGGUCAUUGUGGGCCUCUCUCUCAGCAAUAUUCUGCAAAGACAGCCCCCUCCUUUAGGGGUUCAGGGGAGGAGACCCUCUUCUAAGAACCUAUGAGCAGCAAGCACCCUAACAUGCUAAUGUGAGACUCAAAUAAUUUUCUGAGAAUGGCCUUGUUUGGGUGGGAAACUUGAUGUAGUGGUGCAGACAGGAUGGUACUUGGGUAAACAGAAGCAAGUUUAGGGAGUAGGGUUCAAAUGGAAGUUUGGAGAACCAAGUUGCCCCUAAAGUUGGAGGUUUCUCUUCAAUUUUAGAUCCUUCUUUUCCAAGCUUACCCAGUAGACCUCACUCAUCAUAGCAUCUUCAUCACAAAGGUCUGUGCUGUUUUCCAUACAUUGAUUCCUGGGAUGGCCCCAGCCCACAGAUUAUCAUACAUAACCCCCAUAGUACCUCUACCCAGAGGGAUUUCUACUUCUACAACAUUUCUUACUGCUUCAACAUUUCCUAUUGCUUCCCCAAUCCUCUCGAUACCUUCCUUUUCAGCCCCCAAGUCCAAAGGAGUAGAAACUGAUAAGAAACAUACAUGUAUAUCCCAAUCCCACAUCUUGCUCCCAAGUACUGUUUUAGCCCCUGUGCACUCCAGGUUAAUCUUCACAAACAUUCUUCCUUCCUGUAUGUUUUCCCUAGGAAACAAGGAUAAGAUGCAAAAUACAGAGGUAGAGUAACAGGAUAACAUAAGAGAAUUUGUCCAUUAAUUUCUCCUGGUCUUCCCCUCCUUGGAGAUGGGUAGGAAAUCUACCUCCCACUCUUCAACACAGCCUAGCUUGCCAUAGCCUCCUGCCACCCACAUACUUAUACACCUCUCAUUGUAGAGUGGAGGUGCCUUUUCUUUCUUAGAACUCAAGGAUGUGACAGAAUAACCAGAACUGGGAAGAAAGCUGUAGCACCAUAAAACAGAAUGAACUCUUCUCCCAGGCACUCCCAGGGUAAGAAUGUGGACCAUCAUGAAAGACAGGCAGAGAUCACAGGGGCUGCACGGCCUAGACUCAGCUCCACAGCCCCCUCACCCACCCCAGCCCCCAUGCACAAAUAGAACAACAAAUUGCUGGAGGGAAAGGUCUCAGGUAAGGCCUUGAUGAGAGAAGAACACUGAGAAGGAAAAUGAGCAAGAUCUGGGGCUUCUGGGAUGCUAAAGCGUUGAGGAGCCUGGACUGAGUUAUGUCACUGCUCAGUUGUUUCCAGCCCUAUUCACUUCUCAUGAAGGAGUGAGGGCACAGAGUAGCUGGUAAAAGGAGGUGUUUAAAAAAAAAAAGUGUAAGCCAAUGUGGAAUGUGAAGCACUCCCCUGUGGGAGAUUUCAAAUGAACUGAAAGGAGCACUUUAUAUUUGUUCUCUCAUUUAGUCUCACAAUCAUACAAAGUAUCAACAUUUUAAAGACUGAGGGAAUGAGAUUUGAGGUAGCCAAAAAACUCGCCCAAGGUCAUAGAGCUAAAGAGUGGCAAACAAGAGAUUUAAACACACGAUUUCCACCACAAGAUGUUCCAUCCUACGGUACAAACUCAAGGCCACUUUCAGCCUAACGUCGAUGAAAAUGGUGGCGGGAAAGUGAUCUGUAGCACCCGCACUGGGGCAGGCCAAGCAGGAACAAGCCAUAGCUCCAUUAGGGAGGUUCAAUGACAAGUCCCCAGAUGACCUGGAAAGCCCACAACUCCCUGGGAAACAAAGCUAUUCUGUGUAUCAAAUCACCCUCACCCCUACCAAGGCCAGGAUCCAGUUUUCUGAUAGCUUUAAAAUUCAUUAUUGGCUUGGAGUCCCUGGACGGGAGCCCAGUUCCUAAUUCUCAGGCUCACUAUCUUUCUGGAAAGGCCAGGAUUGUUUCCACCACCUCUUCAACUUUCAUGGACUAGGAAGUGCUCUCACAUGAAGCGCUAGAAUGCCACAUCAACUCUGUGUGACAAAGCCUAGUGAAACAAGUGCUCUAAAGAAAUAGACAUCGAAGCUGCCUUUGAGUGGAAAGGAAGAAGGGAAAUGAAAACAAAUGUGAUGCAGUCCUUGGGAGAUUUCUCAGAACAGGAGAAAAGUAGCCAAUGGGAAUUUGUUUCUUACUUCCUGUAUGGGAAGGCCUGUGUGCUGCCUAUGGGGUUUGCUAGCUUGAAAUCAGAAUGGAAAUCCCAAGACACGAGUUUUGCAAGUUCCUUUAGCUCUUUCCGAGAUAUCCUGUGUGGGUUGGUUUAUGAUGGCACCGGAAAAAAAAAGACCAAGGGGCAUUCUGCAAUUAGUCUCCUCUCUAGGAAGUUUCCCUAUUACAUAAACUCUUUAUUAAAAUAAAAGUAUAAACAUUUAAAUAA